AUGGCACUCAUCCAUUCGUUCAUCUGCUUCCUGUCACUCGCUUUCACUCUCGUUCACGCGGCUCCUUGGAUCGUGACUGAUUACUACCAACAAGAUGUCUAUACCGAGUACUAUGGCUCUGAGGCUAUAACAACCAUCACUCGCUUCAGCCCGACUGCCACACUCCCCGCCGAGGCUCUGUCUACUAUCACCUCCAUUGCCACUGAUGUCUAUGAGAGCUACACCGUUGUGGAGAAACUCUACCCAACUGGCUAUGGUGUCGUACCUGAGAACAAUGGUUAUGUUGGCUACUACUCCCUCGACAACGAGGGUAACUACCACACCACAGUCUACAAGGUCAACGUGACUUAUUCCGCCCCUACGGGCUGCUCAACCCAAUGGACCACGACCUCGGCUGUCGAGGUCACUCCCCCAGCUUCGAUCCGCAAUCUUCUCCCCAGGGAGACCAUCGUCAGCUCCUCCUCCAUCGACAACUCCGAGCCCUUCCAGCCAACCACCUACCUCUACGACGUUGUCUUCGUCGACCCAACCCAAGUCCCGAGUGCAGACCUCAGCUCUGCAAGCUACUACAACAAACCCACAGCCAGCUACAACGGCGCCGGCUGUCAAUACACCGGCAGCAAUGGCUACGGCGGCUAUUACGGCGGCUACUAUUACGGCAACUAUGACUACGACAACUGGUUCACCAGCAAAUGGGGCAUGGGCAUCGGAAUCUCCGGUCUAGCCCUCGUCCUAAUCUGCAUCCUCGGCUGGGCAGGCCUCUUCUUCUUCCUCGGCAUGAUCGAAGCCUGGGUCCGAUUCCGCCGCCUCAUGACCGGCUGGCAAACCCGUCGCGGAUUCCCUCUUUUCUGGGCCUUCUCCUGCUUCCCCAUUUCCCUCUUCUUCCUCUUCUGUUUCCGAAAGGGUUUCCGCGCGCGCAGUCGCGAGGACGCAGAGAUCCUGAAACAGAGAUGGGAUGCCAUGGGCUUCGGUACGAAGUUGCGUCUGUACUUUGUCUGGGGUUUCCGCUUUAAGUAUCCUACGGUGUUGGGUCCUGCCCCUGCGAGGGUCGCAGGUAAUAAGAAGCCUAAGGAGUCGGGCCCGCGCUUGCUCGAGACACCUCCUGCUACUGCUGCUCCUUCACGGGAUGGAUCUGAGAGGGCUGCGCCGGAAAUGACGCAGGCUUCGGGUGCUCUGCCGGAGACGCAGAAUGAGCAUCGGGAUGCUGAGAUCGGUCAAGCUCGUUGA